UGACUUGUGACUUGUGACUUGUGACUUGUGACUUGUGACUUGUGACUUGUGACUUAUUGAUGACAGACGAAAGCAUGCGUGACAUACAAAUUGCCGCGGUAUGUAUAUUAACAAAAUGAACUUAUUGUAAAGAGUUAUAAUCAUCCAACUUGAUUAGUGAAAAACCUUCAGUUUGAAUAUCGAAUACGAUAGUGUACCUUACAAACACUAAACAUACACUUAGCGCUAAAAUAAAGUAUUAUUUGUGUGCCGGCAAAAUGGUACCCCGAGAGCGCUUGUCUCACGAUCCUACCCUGAUGGACGAGACUGAUAACUGCGACAGUACAGUACAAAAGAAAGGUCCCUGCAUAGCUGACCCAUCGCAGCCAAGCACAUUGAAUCCGAAUGUGUGGUAUCUACAUGGUAAAGCCUACGAUUUCACAGACUUCGUUAAAAGACAUCCCGGAGGCGAAAAAGCCAUCUUGAUCGGACAAGGGCGUGACUGUACUGAACUCUUCGAGUCGUAUCACACAUUUUUGCCAUCCGACAAACUACUGGCCAAGUACGCCCUCGAUAAAGAAGGCUCUCUGGGAGAUGGUAGCAAUGUGCUACAACUGGCUCCUGAGAUGGUACAAUUCACUUUCAAAGACGAUGGCUUUUACCGCACACUCAAACGAAGAGCUGCAGAGCAUUUCCGGAAAACAAAGUCGGGAACCAAGGCUGGUAUAUUCCAUAAAACCGUAGGCGUGGCGACUAUCACGCUUCUGUUUGUGCUGGCUUAUUACGGGUUUUACCAGGGAGUGUUCUGGGCCGCAGCACUACACGGCUUCCUGAGAGCGAUGAUAAUUGUGCGCGAUUGUCAUGCGUCAUCACACUAUGCCUGGUCGUACAACCCCACGAUGAAUCAAUGGAUGUAUCGCAUAUCUAUGGCAUUUGCCGGCAGCAGUCCCUCACAGUGGACUGCUAAGCACGUGGUGGCUCAUCAUGUCUCCACCAACAUCACACCCGUGGAUGAUGAUACCAUGUACCCCAUGAAGCGUGUGCUACCUGAACUACCCCGCCGGUCGUGGCACGCGUUCCAGCACCUAUACAUCUGGGUAUUCUACUGUCUGACUAUCAUGUUCUGGACAUUGUCGGAUGUGGUCAAGCUGGCAAUCGGUCACUACUACGAGGGCACCACACAGGUGUCACACUGGAGCACUAUUGACUGGGAGGAGACGUACGGGGUGUAUAUAUUCCACAUAGCGCACAGAUGGGUGCUGCCGUUCGUGUCCCUGCCCUUCUCUCACGCAAUGGGUAUUGUGUUGCUCAAUGAAGUCUUCGCCAGUCUACCGUUUGUGCUACAGUUCGUGGUCAAUCACGAGGUGGAGACCAGCGUUGAGCAGGUGUCUGUGGACUUAAAUGCGCAGCAGCCGACCUCAGAGCUAUCAGGCACAGAUUGGGGCGCACAUCAAGUGCGUACAUCUCACAACUAUGGCGUGGGCAGCCCACUGUGGCUGAACUCCUCAGGUGGCCUGAAUAUGCAGAUUGAGCAUCACCUGUUCCCGUCCGUUCAUCACAGCCACUACCAAGCGCUCGGCGAAUUGACAAGGCGUACAUGCAAGGAGUUCAACGUCCCAUAUAACACAUCUGGAGGUUUGGCGGAAGCUUUGGGAAAGCACUAUGACUUGCUCGUCAAGAUGGGCCGUUCACCGGAGAUGACCACGUAAAGGUCACUGCACAAGUGUCCAAGGGCAUUGAUAGUAGCAGCAUAUAUGCGUUCACAUGGUUAGAUGGCCUGUGCCAAAUUGUACGCGCAAAUGCACAUACGCGUCUGCUGGGCAAUGUGUGGGCGUGGAUUAUUUAGUUUAAUAAGUAUAUGAAGGUGCAGUUGUCACAUACAAAAAUAAAGAUAAGGAUUUACGAUAAGCUCGUUGCGUGUGAUUUGCCUAAACCUUUCAGACUGAGCUUCCUAUGUCUGCGCCUCGAAGAUUGCAAAUGCUCAGGCUUUGAAGCGGUGACGAACAGUGCAUGUGUAGCACGACAGUCACCUGAGUUGCUACACAGUGUUGGAAUUGAAAU